AGGGAGGUGGCUUCGGAGAUCGUGAGCAAUUGUACAGGAACAUGGAUCUCACCCUCGAGACUGAGGAUGUACUAGGUAGAAUUCUCUUGGUUUACAUCCCUUCGAUUCUCUUCUGAAAGUUCAAUCACAUUUCUCCUGAGUCCUGAACAAUGACCGCGUCUUCUAAUCCGGACAGUUACAAUGCGUUUUAUCACAGGAGUCGGCUCUUCUUAUCCGACUUCCUGGAGGGACGCGAGACACUGAGUCUCGAUGACGACGUCGUUGUCAUGGACCGGGUCAAAUACGCGCCCAACGCAGGCACUGUCCUCAGGCACAUGCCACUUUUUGCGGGUCAAGCACUUUUUCUGACGCAUUCGCAUGGAGAAGGGGACAAUGGUUGUAGUAGUCGCGCUUCAAGAACUCUUUCGACAAGUGCAAGCUGUACAAGUAGUGCAGUGCUGGCAGAAGAGGAGGUCAAGGGUUGUACUGUUACCAGUGCUGCGUCCACGUCGACUACUCGAGCGCUUGCGUCUUCUAGUUACUCUCGCCCCUUUGUGAAGGAAGUUUUGCGCAUGAGCAUGGCGUUUGUGCAUGAAAAGGGAGCUGAGCGGGAGCAGCAGCACCCUCACCCAGCUUCUGUAAAGUCUUCGUCCAACAGUAAACAAAAACUUUGCGCAGAUGGAGAUCUCUUUCAGGUGCUGCGAUAUUUGAAGAGUAGAGGUUUUUUUCUUCUUGCGAUCGAGAACGAGGAAGUUUUCGAGGAGCUGAACACUGGCAAUAGGAGACCACUCAGCCGUCUGCAGGAAACGUAUAGGGCGAAUGACCCUGUUGAGCAUGGUGAACACGAGCGACAGCAUCUUAAUAUUUUUUCAACGCCAUCUUCUCCACGUCAACAAAGGCACCUGCCAUAUGCUUCUCUUUACCUAGAACACAAUCCUCUCUUGCAGACGAAGAAAGCCGUGGCCUUCAUUUUUGGAGGAGAGAAUGGAGGUCUGUCGAAGGAAGCACUGCGACUUUGCGAUGGUGGAGUAUUUAUUCCGACCAGGUUGAAAAGGGCGACAACGAAUUUGCCUAGCAGUAGUACCUGUCGUGCAACAUCAGAAGUGGAAGUGUCUUCUGUCGAAGAACCUCCAACCACAACUCUUCAACCUCGUCCGCGAUCGCACACGUGCAAUUUGAGCAUUGCCACGUCUGUGGUGUUGAGUGAGCGAUUUCGGAGGAAGAUGCUUGGUGAGAGUUUCGACCAUUUGAUGCCGGAGCCACAACAUCAUGUGCAAGAAGUGGAGCUAGAAGAUAAAGAACAUGACUGUAUGUCGGCUACACAGACGCAAACACCGCCAGACUCCACGAGGUCAAGUUGUAGCACACCAGCGACGACCCCGAAAAAUGUGAACCUCUCUGACGUGGAAGACCCAGAGAUAUACUUGAACUUUGCAGCAGCAGCAGCAGGACGAGCAGGCCCCUCAUCAUCGUCAUCUAGCUCGUUCUGGGGCUCGGGCGUUGCUAUUCCCACUGGUGGUCCGCUGUCCUCGGUUGGCGCAUGUCCUACUCCUAAUCUGCAGAGGAACGACUCAGCAUGCUCUGCAUCUACUACGUCGCAGGAAAAUCAAUAUCAGUUCCCAAGAGCCGCCAGAUAUCGCGUUCUCCUUUUCUACCUGUAUCGCAGACUUACAGUCGACAAAAGGGAAAAGUUCGCAUCGCACCUCGAAUCUUUCUGCAAUGAGCGGUCGAUUGCGGGACGUCUCCGCGUGGCAAAAGACGGGCUCAACGGCUGCCUCGGCGGUGACGUCGCAAAGCUACAAGAGUUCGUGGAUGCUUUCAAAGAUGGUGCAUUUGACGGCGUUGAGGGAUAUCUGCUGCAACAACAUGAGGUUGGUCGUGGUGACGGAGGCGAAAACGACUCGCAAUCGAUUACGACCUUUGAAGGCAUAGAUUGGAAAUGGGGAGGACUAGAUGAGAAGCUGGUGGUAGCCGCAGAACCCGAAAACCCGAACACAGAAGCUGCAACACGCGCGCAACAGCACAUGCUUCACGGCCCAGCCGCAGUUCGCGUGUGUGACGAGGUUGUUUCCCUCUUUGGCGGUUGCUACAAUUCCAAUAAGGAUGCGGCUUUGCGAUAUUACAAGCAACUAUUCGAUAGUGCCGAGUGCGUGGAGGCUUUGAUGGAAGCUAAUCAAACCGGAGUUGCUGUUGGCGAAGAAAAACCACAAGAAACCACUAAGACUAAGUCUUCCGAGACUAAAAUUUUGGGGGAAAAACCCGAUCAUCACGAUAAUCUCGCCCCAGCUACACCUCUGCUCCCAGAAGAAUGGAAGACGCGUCUUGCUCAAGAAAAUCCUGAAAACAUCGUGUUUUUCGACGCUAGGAACAUCUACGAAACUGAUGUGGGGUACUUCGACCUGCUUUGCCGUGGAAAAGCUGAAGGUGCAGUACGAGAAGAUGCAGAUCAACAUGCCGCUGCUCAUGCUCUUGAUGUAGUCAAUAACGUCGAGAACAGCAGGAACAAGGAUGUUCACGAAAACCGAUUACAACUGCAAAGAACCCCUCGUCUUUCAUCUCCUUCGGCUUCGAGUUCUUCGUCUACUUCUAGCCUUGCCUCCUCUACCCUUCCACCUGUCGACCGCCUCUCUGUCCGAACACGCCAAUUCACAGAUGUGCCAAGACAACUGGUCCAAAACCGGGAAAAAAUCCGUGCGCAGUGUGCUGGUAAGAAAGUUUUUGCCUACUGUACUGGUGGCGUGCGCUGUGAACGGGCAACGCAACUUUUACGGAUCGUCUUGGAGAAAGAACCAAAUGAAACAGCAACAGGUGAAGUAGUAGAGCCUGGAAUCUUGGAUGGAACUAGUACUACAGCAGAGAUUUCCUCAGGCGCUAUUGCUGGUGAUGCGACGACAGCAAAUACAAGUACAACUGAAUUGUUCCAGCUUCGCGGUGGCAUUCAUGCUUUUUUAGACCGUUAUCCGGAUGGCGGAGGUUGCUUUCACGGGAAGAACUUCGUAUUUGACAAUCGAAUGUUAGAAACAAGAGAAGACGGUGUAGGAGGGGUAGUAGUUGGCAAGAAAUGCCCAGUCGGUAAAUGCCGCGGAUGCGGCGUCGCAUGUGAAGAUUACACGUCGAAUGCACGUUGCCAGAAGUGCAGGAUGAGGGUCCUUCUCUGCGAUACGUGCAUCCCGGCUAUGUCAAGCAGUACACUCUGCGUGCUGUGCGAAGAACACAACAAGAUGAAAGAACAGUCGAACUCUACUGGUAAGAGUAAGAGGAGAGGGAAGACUCAACAGAGCAAGUAGCUUCAACUGCGCGCCUUUGAAAUGUCGAUUGUUUGUUUCUGCCAGUUUUCACACACGGGUCUCGGAGGACAUGCCUAGGCUUAGUUGUACAUUUUCAGUCUCACCAGAACGCGUUGUUUGCGCCUCACAGCCUUUGUUUCUCCCAUCUAUCGCGUCCAUGACGAUGACGUUGAAUAGGCAGUUAAACGUAAAGUCAACGAUGUGUUCUUAGAAGCCCUUAG